AUGGCGGCGGCCUGUGCGGAGAUGGAGCCGGCGGCGGCGCCUCCUUCUUCUCCUCCCGCAGCCGCGCCGGGAUCGGCCGGGCUGGUGUGCGCGCAGGGCCGGAACCUGAAGGCGGUGCUGUGCCAGCGCUGCGGAUCCCGGGUGCUGCUGCCCGGAGCCGCCACCUUCACCUGCCGCGAGCUGCUGCUGCCCGCCAUGAGGAAGAAGGCGGCGGCGACGGCGGACGACAGCGACGGGGACGUGGUGCGGGAGCACUGGCUGGUGCGCGACAUGUUCUCCUUCGAGAACGUGGGCUUCACCCGCGACGUGGGCAACGUCAAGUUCCUGGUGUGCGCCGACUGCGAGGCCGGGCCCAUCGGCUGGCACUGCGUGGACGACAAGGACAGCUUCUACGUGGCGCUGGAGCGCGUGGCCCACGAGUGACAGCGGCGCGGGGCUGGGACGGCUGGCAGCGCAAGAUGCAACCCUGCUGGGCGGCACAAGGACCGGUGUGAUGCCCCGGAGUGGCACCGUGCCCCUUGGCCACCGCCGGACUGCAGGACACACGGCACAGCAGGACACACGGCACAGCAGGAC